AACAAAUAUCGCUGCAGGCAGUCUUCAAGUCCACUUGGACAACAACUCGCUCGCUUGACUUUUUUACACCUCUAUUGUUUAUUUCGGCCCCCGUCCACGCCACCAUGAGGACCGCCGAGGUGGCUGUUGUCAUGGUGAUGUUUUGUACAUCAAUGGCGCACAGUGAUGUGAAGCCGCAGAGGGAUUUCAACUUACAGAGGUUUGCAGGUAGGUGGUACCGCGUGGGCCUGGCAUAUGACUCACCGAGCUUUGUUCAGUACAGAGACAAACUGAGGGUCUCCCUGGGUGUCGUCACGGCGCAGGCAAGCGGCAACGUUAACCUCACGAUGUGGGACGCCACACCUGCAGGGUGUCACAGUAAAAUGUACUAUUAUGAGAAGACAAACAUUCCAGGACAGUUCACCUACUUCAGUACACGUCACAACAUGGUGAAGGACAUCACUGUCGUCGAGACAAACUACAAUGAAUAUGCAUUGGUGCUCAAACACAAAGUGUUUCACAGAGAGUACACCCAGGUGGCCCUCUAUGGUCGCACUCCGAGGGUGAGAGUGGAAGUCAUUCAGAAGUUCAAAGCCUUUGCUCUGUCUCGAGGAUUUCCAAGGGAAGCCAUUCUCACCCCACCGCCAGCAGACAACUGCCCUCCAUCGCCAUCUGGAUAAGUGAGUUCAAUCAUAAUCAAAUAUUUAAACCCGUAUCCGGUAGGAUUUGUCGCGUAUCCGGCACCUUUUCACUCCGAUGUCUUACAUUUCGCAGGUCCCCGUCGCUUCUCCCAUGUAUUUAGUUGGCCUUUUUACCUGCCAUCAUUUGCUCUCAACUCCUGUCUCUCCUGUUUCACAUUUCUACAAAUAAAUGAUUUUCACGUGACAACAA